AUCCACUCCUUCCAUCUACUCUCUCACACUCAGAGGGAGGAGACAGGGAGCACUGCGCCGCCGCCGGCUGCUCCGUAACCCACGAAGCUAGAUAGAUAAGCAUGGCGGCCACCAGCGCGAGUGCCGCUGCCUCCCUCUCCGUCACGGCUGCCACUCACCGCCUCAGGCACCGCCAGCUAUACGCUUGCGCACGUGGGCCCGCGGCGCAACCUCAUCCCCUCCUCAAGCUGAACCGCCGGAGCUACGCGGUCUCGGCGUCGUCGGCGGCGGCCAUGUCUCCUCUGUCCCUGUGGGAAGGCCAAGGCAUCCGGGCGGAGUUGGAUGCGCCCGGAGGAGUGGCCAGCGGUGACGUCAUGGGCCUUCUUCUCCGGGAGCGCAUCAUCUUCCUCGGCAACGAGAUCGAGGACUUCCUCGCCGACGCCGUCGUCAGCCAGCUCCUCCUCCUCGAUGCCAUGGACUCCGAAUCUGACAUCCGGCUCUUCGUCAACUCCCCCGGUGGAUCACUCAGUGCGACAAUGGCUAUCUUCGAUGUAAUGCAGCUGGUGAGGGCAGAUGUAUCCACUAUUGGAAUGGGCAUAGCUGGAUCCACAGCUUCUAUAAUCCUUGGUGGUGGCGCAAAGGGCAAACGAUUCGCCAUGCCCAACACCAGGAUUAUGAUGCAUCAGCCCGUGGGAGGCGCGAGUGGCCAGGCCUUGGAUGUGGAGGUCCAAGCCAAGGAAAUUCUGGCUAGCAAGAGGAAUGUCAUCCGGCUGAUCUCAGGCUUUACGGGGCGUACACUGGAGCAGGUAGAGAAAGACAUCGAUAGGGACCGAUACAUGGGUCCUCUUGAGGCUGUUGAUUACGGUAUCAUCGAUGGUGUGAUCGACGAAGACAGCAUUAUCCCACUUGAGCCGGUUCCGGAGAGGGUGAAGCCUAAGUACAACUACGAGGAAAUGUACAAGGACCCUCAGAAGUUCCUUACGCCGCAUGUCCCAGACGAUGAGAUAUACUAAGCUAGCCUGUCAGUCACAUGUAUUUCAAACAGCAGGCAGUCGCUGUAGCUUUCGUCAAACAAAGAUGAUGUAAUCCUUGGCAGUAGACUUUAUCUGCCGUUACAUUUGGUGUCAUGGCGUAGCUGUUGUGUUUUGCAUUUGACCAAGCAAAUGAAAGCACAUGGAACAUACAACUGGUCUAACCAGCUAGCCUCGUCGCAUGUACUAGUACUAUUUUACACAGCAAGCAACUGCUGGAGCUUUUGUCAAAACAAAGUUGUAGCACUAA